AUGUCGACAUCGUUAUGCGCCAUGUUGGUAUGCAUGCAUCGCCCUACCACCCUUCGGAAGGGGAAGCCGGGAAAUGGGGGGGAGACGUGGGAAGAGGGUAGAAGGGACCGUGCCCCUCGUCUGCCCACCCCACCCCUCUCCUCAUCCUGGGUGCGCUUCGAAUUGGAACAGCUCGAAUCCCUCACCUCCUCUCCCUCCUCUUCCUUCCUCUCCAUCCCCUCCUCCCACCCACCCCUCUCCACCACACCCGAACCCUCCCAAUCUCAACCACCCCCUCCUCCUUUUCCUUCUCAAUCCCCUCCUCUAUCCGACUCUGACAUUCCUUCACCUCCAUACCAAUCCCAGCUCCCCUCCACCGCAUCACCACCUCCACCCCAGUCCCGUUUCCCCUCCACCGUCUCACCACCUCCCUCCCAGUCCCCUCUCCCUGCACGCAUCUCCGCAGCCCUCUCUGCUGCCUCUGCGCCUCUUCCUGAGCGCCCACGAGCCAUCAACGUCGGCUCGCCAGGCUCAUCCGGGGGAGGUAGACCUGCCGGGCGGGGUGAGAGCAGGCCGGGGGAGAGACGGGUGGAGGAGAGAGGUGUGGAGAGCGGUGUGGAGGAGCAGGAGCCGUGGAUGCGGUCUCCUACCAGGGCGAGUGAAGCAGCAGCCAUGACUGCCCCGGCAUCGUGGGGCCUCACAGGCCUGGCGGACUCUGUAGGUCUCAUGCACACUCAGAUCAUCCAGCAGGCCAUGUCUGGCGGUGAGGCUGAGGCGGAACCCCCUCUCAGUACCACCGCUGCUACUGCAGGGAACACCACCACUGGUGCUGUAACUAGCACUACCAUCGUCAGCUCCAGCAGCAGCAGCAGCAGGGCCGGCACCGAUGGUGCUGCUGCUGCUGCUGCUGCGGAAGAGGGGAUGGGAGCAGCGGGUGGCGAGGGUGUAUAUGACACUGAAUCCACCCUUGCAGCGUCCACGGGAGAGACUCUGGCUGCUGCUGCUGCUGCUGCUGCUGCUGCUGCUGGUAGCGACAUGCAGCAGCAGCAUCCAAGGCAGCAGCAGAGAAUCCAGCUAGGAUCGGGCAGUCAAGAGCUUGGUGACCGGCAGCGUAUGGGCGAGCAGCAGAGGGUGGUGCAGGGAGCGCAGCAGGGAGGCGGGAUGGCGGACGAAGGGGCUGCAAGGCGGGGCGGAGAAAGGGAGGGACCAGGCCAGGAAGAGAGCGGAGGUGCAUCAGAGCGGAGGGGAGAUGUGGAGGAGGAAAUGGGAGGGCAGGCAUCGGCAGUACAGAGGGCGCGGUUUGACCUGAUUCCGAAGCGAGAGCAGUUCAACUUCGACCGAGGGCUCAGUCUCGCUGUGAUGGGCGUGCAGAAACUCCUUCGCAGCAACGGUCCUCCAGUCAUAGUGGCAUUGGAGGACCCAGCAGUUCAGGCAAGUCAAGCCCGGCGUGAAACCUCGCCCGCCUGCUCUCCUGCGGCCUCCUCUCCCUCGACUCCUUCCGUUCCUUUACAUCCCUUUCCAUCCCGUUUCUUCCACUCUCAUAGGAGGCCCCAGUGGCUCGGGCAAAACGAGCCUGGCGUGCAACCUCGCUCGUCUGCUCUCCUGCGACCUCCUCUCCCUCCACCCACUCUUGUCCUCCCUUUAUUCCCCCUUUCCUUGUUUCGCGUCCCUUACCCCCCACCAGGCGGACCCAGCGGGUCAGGCAAAACGAGCCUCGCAUGCAACCUCGCCCGUCUGCUCUCCUGCGACCUCCUCUCCCUCGACUCCUUUUUCAACGACGCAGCUGACGGCACCAACUAUGAUGACGUGGCGGUCGUGGAUUGGCCGCUGCUGCGCCGCACGCUGCAGGACGUGGGGGAGGGGCGGCCCACAGUCAUGCCGGUGUUUGACUUUGGGACGAUGAGGAGAGUGGGGUACCGCCCUGUGCACAUGCAUGGGGAUGGGCAUGGGCAUGGGCAUGGGCAUGGGCAUGGUGCUGAUGUUUCUUCUGCAGCUGUAUCAUCUGCAGGGGCAGCAGCAGCAGGAGUUGAGGCAUCGUGGGAUGCUGCAGGAGGAGCACGGGACGGGAGUGGUGACGCCAGCAGCGGAGUGGUGAGUACCUAG